AUGCCAGUUAAAAAAGUUAACCUCGAAGUACACUCGCCGAUUACCAAGCUCCCACCCGAACUCUUUGCCGAAUUUUGCGCUUAUUUAUCGCCAAAUGAUUUAUUCAUACUUUCUAAAGUAUGUCGUAAAUUCUAUAGUUACUUAAGUGCACCUAAUUCCUUUACUACCCAGCAAAUAUGGAAGAUAUCUCGAUUAAAAUUUAUGACAUGUGAUUUGAUGCCUCCACCAAAUGGAAUGAGUGAAAAAUGUUAUGUUGAAUUAUUAAUAACGGAACGAGGUUGUCAAAUUUGUAAAAUUAAAAAGCAAUGCAAGAUUUAUUGGGAAUUUGGAGUUAGGUGUUGUUCAGGAUGUUUCUUUAAGAAAACCGUGAUAAUUGAGCCAUAUACAGCAUGGUUUAAGAGCAUCCUGAAUUAUCCACUAGAACUAAUUAAUAUUAUGCCAUUUAUUAAUGAAGAUGGUGACAAAUAUUAUUGGAAGGAACAAUUAGAUUUUGAACAUGAACAAUAUACGGUAUUUUCUCAUAAUCGUUCGAAUUUACAAUCUUGGUUAGAUGAUAAAAAAAUUACGUUUGAUUCUAUAAUGAAAUAUGCUAAAGAUAAACAAGAAUUGAAAGAAUUGAAAGAAUGGGUGAAUUCCCUUUCUUCUUUCUUUGAUUAUCAAGAUCAUGAUUUAAAUAUUUAUCAUGAUUAUCACUUUUCUCCUCCUGCUUACUAUGAUUUGUCUUUGUCAUUACCUUUAUCACCUUGGAUCUAUAAUGAUGAUGAGUUACUACAACCAAGAAGACGUCGUCUUCAAAAGGGAAUGCAGUGCCUCUCUAAGAAAUCCGUAUGCUUUAGUCGACUUACCACCAACUUUAUCCCGCCAGCUCUUUAUAACGCUGUCACUGUGGACGAGGGUAGUUGUUCAUAG